UAUCACAGAAAUAUUUAAAAUAUUAAAAAAAUAAACACGCAAGUAUUUCGCACAUGGAAAAACGUGGCUGUGAUUAACGCAUGCGUAUUAAAAAAUUUUAAAUAAUAAAAUCAAGAGGUUUAUGAACUUAGUGCCAUCUAUUUUAAUGAUUUUAUCGUAAAUUAUUGUUGUUGUUUCGUAUAAUAAAUUAUAAUAAUUUAAAAGUUACUACUAUCACCUAAUUAAUGAGUUCUGUAUAUAAUAGACAAGUUUUAUCAACUCAUUUAUCAAAAAUAAACAUAAAAAAUAAAUCAACUGUAAAAAAUACAAUUAUAAACCUCAACAAACCCGGUAUCAGAGUAAGGAGGUUAUGACAACCCAGUUAAUUAAAAAACAUUAAAGUAAAUAAAUUUAAAAAAUGGUAUCGAGAAAUAAACAAAAGGAAGCUGCGAUUGCUGUUAAACUGGAAGAACCACUGACAAGUGAAUCCUGUUCUAAAAUAAUUAUUGAACUUAUAAAAUAUGUAUUGUUUCAAAAACAGCAGAUACCAUUCUCAUUUGACACUCUGAUGCAGCUUCAAGCGAGAAUAAAACCAACAGACAAGAGUUUCAAUAAUAACAAGACAUUAUUUAAUACUCUGGACAACAUGACAUUUCAAUUGUCGUCACAGUUGCAUUUAUCUGGUUGUGAUAUUAAGGAAGUUGUUGUGAUAAUCGGUGCUACCACAGUAUCACCAAAGUUUUCUUUAAAACUUGAGUUACCCCGUGUUAUUUUAAGCAGCAAAAAACACGCAGAGCAUCAACAUUCUUUUAGGAAACCUCUUCUUACUCUCAUGAAAUCUCUAGUUGAGUGUCCAGAGUUCCAAGAAGCAAUGACAGUUCCUCUUGGUCUGACAAACACAUUCGUAUUGAUACAAAAAAGUGAUACUAAUAAUAAGUCUGAUUAUUUUUUACCAAAACCUCAGUACAAUUUGCCAGCACAUUCGGGGUCCUGUUUCACUGUCAAACUGUAUCACGAUGAUGAUUUUAUACUAGACUGCAAGUGUCUUAGUUUAGUGAGAAUUUAUCACGAUCAGCUUGAGAAUAAUGUAGAUUCUGAUGAUGUAGAAAAAAUUGAUAGAAGAGAUUGCAUAGAAGCAGAAGCUUCUUAUUUUUGGUACCAGUCGAAAGAAUUUGUUAAAGGAUUUAAAUUUUUACGAUGACAAUUAUCCAUUUUUACAUAAAUAAAAUUAGACACAAUUUUUAAAUUUUAUUAUUUUAAAAAGACUGUUUGAUAUUUUAAUAUUUUUAUUAUACACUUGAACAGUUUAGUAUUAAGACCA